AUGUGCCUCGCAGAGAAUAUAUACUACCCCCAAUGCGGUUGCUGGGACGGUCGUCACAUCCGAUGGGAAUGCCCCCGAAGCGGCGCCUGCCCGGACGUCGAGUGCUCCGGCGUCUUCCGCAAAUCGGGCCGAUGCCUCGUCUGCGAACGCCGCCGAUCCCAUCAGAGGAGGGCAUUCCGUCCCCCCUACUUCCCCCAAAAGCAGCAUGCCUUCGUCGCCACAGAUGACGACUAUGAUUACAACUUGAUGCUUCUGCGUGAAGUGCUACGGCAGACGCUGCGCAAACCGCAAGGGUCCUUACCGUCGGAUGCGGCGAGAAGUUCUCAGUUCCGCGGACCGUGGGUUGGCUACCGCUCAGGACGCAGAAUAGACCGAUAA